AUGGCGGCAACUUUGAGGAUUCAGAGCGACUGGGCCCAGGCUCUCAGGAAGGACGAAGGGGAGGCCUGGCUGAGCUGUCACCCCCCAGGGAAAUCAACUUUGUAUGGCAGCCUAACUUGUCAAGGAAUUGGCCUUGAUGGCAUCCCAGAGGUUACAGCUUCUGAAGGAUUUAUUGUGAAUGAAAUAAACAAGAAAAGCAUUCAUGUUUCAUGUCCAAAGGAAAAUGUAUCUUCAAAAUUUUUGGCACCAUAUACUACUUUUUCCAGAAUUCAUACGAAAAGUAUAACAUGCCUGGACAUUUCCAGCGGAGGAGGCCUUGGUGUGUCUUCUAGCACUGAUGGAAGCAUGAAGAUCUGGCAGGCUUCCAAUGGAGAGCUCAGAAGAGUAUUGGAAGGACAUGUGUUUGAUGUGAAUUGUUGCAGGUUUUUCCCAUCAGGCCUUGUGGUUCUGAGUGGGGGAAUGGAUGCCCAGCUGAAGAUCUGGUCAGCUGAAGAUGCCAGCUGUGUGGUGACCUUCAAAGGUCACAAAGGAGGUAUCCUGGAUACAGCCAUUGUUGAUCGGGGGAAGAAUGUGGUAUCUGUUUCUCGGGAUGGGACAGCACGACUUUGGGAUUGUGGGCGCUCAGCCUGCCUGGGAGUCAUUGCAGACUGUGGUUCUUCCAUCAAUGGAGUGGCUGUGGGUGCUGCUGACAACUCCAUAAACCUCGGCUCCCCUCAGCAGAUGCCCAGUGAACGAGAGGUUGGAACAGAGUCGAAAAUGCUGCUGUUGGCCCGAGAAGAUAAGAAACUUCAGUGCUUGGGACUGCAGAGCAGGCAGCCGCUGUUCCUCUUUAUUGGCUCAGAUGCCUUCAACUGCUGUACUUUUCUCUCUGGCUUCUUGCUAUUGGCUGGUACACAGGAUGGAAACAUUUAUCAGCUGGAUGUAAGGAGUCCAAGGACUCCAGUACAAGUCAUCCACAGAUCAGGAGCACCAGUUAUGUCUCUGCUGAGUUUCAGAGAUGGAUUCAUUGCUAGCCAAGGUGAUGGAAGCUGUUUCAUUGUCCAGCAAGACUUAGACUAUGUGAUUGAGCUCACUGGGGCUGACUGUGAACCUGUAUACAAGGUAGCCACAUGGGAGAAGCAGAUCUACACAUGUUGUCGAGAUGGUCUUGUGCGACGCUAUCAGCUCUCUGACCUCUGA